GAGCCAAUUAGUAAUUAAUCGGGCAGCGUUCCUGGCCAAUCACAGCAGCGUAAACAAAAACGCAUCAGAAUGUAAACAAAGGCACAUGAGUCUCAUCUACCGUUAGUGGAGUAAAUUUACCUUAUUUUUGGAAUAUACAUACCAUGAAAAUCAAGGAGAGUCAAAUGGCUUCAGUCCUACGUCCAGAAGUCAAGAAAUUAGCAAACAUGUUUAGUGACUAUGGAUAUGAAUUGCGAAUAGCUGGUGGAGCAGUAAGGGACUUACUCUUGGGGAAUGUGCCGCAUGACUUGGACUUUGCUACAACAGCAACUCCAGAAGAAAUGAAGGCAAUGUUUGAAACGGAAGGAGUCAGGAUGAUAAAUUCUUCUGGAGAAAAACAUGGUACUGUAACCGUACGUCUCGAGGAAGAAAACUUUGAAUGCACUACUUUAAGAAUUGACGUGGAAACUGAUGGUAGGCAUGCAGUGGUUCAGUUCACCAAAGAAUGGGAGUUGGAUGCUAACCGCCGUGAUCUUACCAUAAAUGCCAUGUUUCUUGGACUGGAUGGUACUGUCUUUGACUAUUUUGAAGGAAGUAAACAUCUUCAAGAUAGGUUGGUCACUUUUGUUGGUGAUGCUGAUAAACGUAUCCAAGAAGAUUAUUUGCGGAUUCUUCGUUAUUUUCGCUUUUAUGGCCGUAUAGCAAAUGGUCCUGAUAACCAUAAACCAGAAGUCUUGGAGAGUAUCAAAGCUAAUGUUGAUGGUCUUAGAAAGAUUUCUGGAGAGAGAAUAUGGGUGGAACUACGGAAAAUAAUUACAGGAAACUAUGGAGAUGAUCUUCUAGUCAAAAUGGUGGAGUGUGGUAUAGGGCCUUACAUUGGCUUCCCAGAAAAUUUUAACUGUGACAAUAUGAGGACAGUGUAUAAAAAAUGUAAAGAAGCAGGUAUACCAAUAAAAGAAAUGCAUCACAUGACUCUUUUGGCCUCUGGAUUUUCAAAUGAAGAAGAAUGCAUCAAAUUGAUAACAAGAAUUAAGUGCUCCAAAAGAGAACAGGAGAUCAUGCUUCAUAUUAUUAGAUUCAGAGACUUUGCAAUGCAAGCAGCUUCAUUCAAGGAAAUUAAAGAUCACAUUGUGGACCUUGUAAUUGGUGAAAGAAGAAAUAAAGACAUUUCUUUGCUUUAUGUAAGUGAGGUCUUAAAGUAUGCUUGUAGAACAGAUUAUCUUGAAAACAUUAAAGAGUGGGACAUACCAAAGUUUCCAGUGAGUGGACACAUGGUACUGGAGAAGAACAUUCCUCGUAAGAAAACAAAAUUAGCUAUGGUAGAUAUGUUGGAGGAAUGGAAAAAAUCGGAUUUUACAUUAAAUGCAGAGGAAUUACUAGAGACACUAGAUGCUACUCGCUAUCAGUAAAAAAGAAAUCCUUGAGUUCCAACUGCGAAAAUGAAUUACAUGUACUGUGAUGAUGCUUUAAUUGUGAGAUGCUGUAAUAUCUUCAAUAAUUUUAUGCAAUAAAAGGUAUUUUUUGUU